AUGAUGUAACAAGGGCCAAAGGGAAAAAGUCUUUUCCUACUUAAUAGAAGGAGUAGGUUCAGAGAUUUUUGUGCUAAACUUAUAAGUCACAAAAUUUUUGAUCCAUUUAUUCUCUUUAUCAUAACUGCUUCAACUGUUACACUAGCUUUAGAUAAUCCUUUAAAUGACCCAAAGGGUACAAUGACAGCAGCACUUUAGAUCAUAGAUUAGUUUUUUACUGCUAUAUUUGUUUUAGAAGCUGUUUGUAAAAUUUUAGCUUUUGGACUUUUGCUCAACGGAAAAAAUUCAUAUCUUAGAAAUCCUUGGAACUCACUAGAUUUUAUUAUUCUUGGCUUUUCACUGGUUUCUGUUGUUCCUAAUGAUAAAAUUGAUUUCAAAUUCAUGAAAGCUAUAAGAAUGCUUAGAGUUGUGAGACCAUUGAGAGUUAUAUCAAGAAAUUAAGGGCUUAGAAUUGCUGUACUUUCUUUACUCAAUUCAAUUCUAGGCAUCUUUCAUGUUUUUACAAUAAGCAUCUUAUUUUUCUUACUAUUCGGUAUAUUUGGGAUCAAUUAUUUCAAAGGAACUUUUUUCAAAUGUCAUUAAGAACAUAUUCCAAAUACAAUUUUCAUUAUUACUACAAAAUGGGACUGCAUAAACCUAGGAGGAGAAUGGAUUAAUCAAGAUUAAAAUUUUGAUAAUAUCCUAAAUGGAAUUAAGACACUUUUUGAAAUGUCAAGCACUGAAGGAUGGACAGAUGUAAUGUGGGCAGGAGUUGAUGCAUCUGAAAUUGAUUCUGUUCCGAUAGAAUCCAAUAGACCACUUUGGGUUAUAUUCUUUAUGGCUUUCCUACUUUUUGGCUCUCUCUUUAUCAUGAAUUUAUUCGUUGGAGUUGUUAUCAAUACUUUCAAUGAUGAGAGAGAAAAAUUAGGGAAAAAUCAUCUCUUAACAACAUUUUAGAGAGAAUGGAUUAUGAUAUAAAUUAGUCUUCUUAAACUAAAACCACAAAGCAAACAAGAAAGGUUUUAUAAGAGUAAAAUUAGAAAUUUUAUCAGUAUUAUAAGUUACUCUUAAAGAUUUGAAUUCUUCAUUUUGACUUGUAUAAUCUUGAAUACAAUCUGCUUUGCUAUAGAAUGGUAUAAUCAGCCCUAAGAUGUCAAUAAUGUCCUUGAAAUAAUAAAUUAUGUUUUUGCUGCUAUUUUCACAUUUGAGACUGUCAUUAAGUUGAUUGCUUUAGGCUAUAAGGACUACUUCAAUAAUGGCUGGAAUAUAUUUGAUAUGAUGGUGGUUAUUGGCACAAUUACUAGUGUAUUUUUAACUGUUUUUACUAGUACAACUUUCGGUGCAUCAACCACACUUAUAAGAACAUUCAGAAUUGGAAGAGUAUUAAGAAUAAUCUCAAAAGCUAGCUUUUUGAAAAAAAUAUUCAAUACAUUCUUGGUUACUAUUCCUUCUCUUGCUAAUAUAGGUGGAUUGUUAGCUUUGCUGCUUUAUAUAUUUUCCAUUCUUGGGAUUUUCUUGUUUGCUGAUGUAAAGCUUUAAACAAACUUAGAUUAGCAUGCAAAUUUUCAGAAUUUCUAUACUGCUUUUCUAACUUUGGUAAGGUGUGCUACAGGAGAAAGCUGGAACUACAUUAUGAAUGAUUGUGCAAGAACAUCUACUAUUUUAUUCGAUUGUAAAAAUGAUCCUUCAUAUUCUGAUUAUGUUAAUAAUGGUGAAGUUACUCUUGGAUGUGGAGAUCCCACAUAAGCAUAUGCUUUCUUUAUGUCAUUUACAAUGCUAGUAUCAAUGAUUUUCCUAAAUCUUUUUAUCGCUAUUAUUCUUGAGAGUUUCGAAAAUGUCAACUAACAAGAGGAUCUAAAAAUAAAAGAUAAAGACCUAGAUAGCUUCUAAAAGGUUUGGCUCCCAUACGAUCCUAAAGGUACUGGCUUCAUUGAUAUUCAAAAGUUUGAAGAUUUAUUGCUUGAAUUAGUAGAGUAGAAAUCUGAAUUUAUAAGAGAAGGGGAAUUAUUAAAGCUUGACUCUCUUGCGAGAAGACAUUUUAUAGAGGAAUUAGAACUACCAACGUACUCUAGAAUGUCUGUUUAUCACUAUGCAGAUAUAUUACAUUCUUUAUCUAAGGCUGCUCUUUAAAUAGAUCUUAUUUAAGGUAAUUACUACACCACUGAAAAUGAUGACGCCAAAUCAUAAACUUCUAAAAACACCUCCUAAAAAAAAGAAUUUAACUAGCUCUCAAUGAAUCUAAUAAUAGAUCAAGAGAUAAUAAAUAUAAAUACUAUGAAUGAAACUUAAAAGAUUUAAUUGGUUGAAGAGUACACAAGACUAAGAAUUAAAACAGAUGAUACCAAGAGAAAAUACCUAGAUUAGUUUGAGGGAAAUAUUUAUAAUAGCAGAUUUGUGUUUCUGUUGCAGUAAAUGAAGGCAAGAAUAAGGUUUUGGAUUAUCAGAAGAAGGAAAUAAAAAGAAAUUGAGCAAAAACUAAAGUUAAAUUUAGCCGAAAGAAUGACUAAAAAUUUGAUGCUUGUUACAAUAGAUCCAAAGACUAAUUAGUAAAGUACAGACAAUAUCAUCAACUCACUUCAAUUAGACAUGAGUCAGAGAAUUGAAGAUAGUGUUGAAAAUAACUAAUUAAAGUUGAUAAGCAGCUCUCGAGAAUUAUCUGAGGAAGAUUCUGAGUCAAUUGAAAUAUUAAAUGGUACUGGCAAUGAAGAAAGUCUCAAGGAUGCAAAGACUUAACUAAAAAUAAGCAGAUAAAAGAGAUAGCAAGAACUCAUAUUUGCUAAGUAAAGAAAUAGUAAUGUCAUGAGUACAUUUGAUACAGAUCUGAAUUCCCUAAUAAAAUAGCUUUCAGGAAAUCAGGAUACACUUAACAGUGGCAAUUUAAGCUUAAGAGAUUCAGAGCAUUCUGAUGAAAAAUAGGAGAUUAUAUUCAAUAGAAAAUCCGAUGUUUCAAGGCAAGUUUUAGCUGAUAAGGGAUGGUUCAAAUAACUUCCAAACACCCUUAAUACAAUUAUUUCUGAGAUGAGAUAAGAGGAAUCGCUCUCUACUUCUAGGAUUUUGCAAAAAUCUAGCGAUGAUGUUUCAGGAAAUAAUUAAGGAGGAUCACCUAUUGAAUCAUAAAAUGCACAUACUGGAUAAUAAAUAUAAAACUUUUUUACAAAUCAGAAAUUAGUAGAAAGCAAGCAGCAGAGUUCUGACAAUUUGGUAUCUUUAAUUUCAAAUGCAAGAUCUGAUGAUGAUUUGAUAUAGAAUUCAUAAACUAAUCCUCUUAUUAACUGUAUGACGGAAGAGAAUCAUGAUGGUAAUCCAUUAUAAAACAAUUUGAAAUAAUAGCAACUUACAGUUUCGUUUGGAUUAAGUGAUAAUCAAGCUGAAGAUUUCUCAGAUGUUAGAAUCUUUAAUUUCUAGGAAAAUCUAAAAUCUUCAGAAAAAUCAAAUGAAAAGCCUAUCUUUGAUGAGGAUUCCUAGACAUAAUUAAACUAAAAUAAGGACUCACCGAAGUUUAUCUCAUCCAAGAUACAAAACUUUAAGCUCGAUAGCUAGAGAAUUAAAAAUAGCAAAACAUUAGGAGGUAAAAUAGCAACAGUUAAUUUAAGGAAGAAAUUAUCCAAACUUAUAAAGACUAAAGAUGAAAUUUAGAGACAAGAAACCUUUAAAAAUAAGAUAUCUGAGCUUAUAAAGAAGCCCUCAAUAAAAAUAUAAGCAGAAUAAAAUUUGAAAUUGAAGUAAAGAUCAUAAUUUGAACAUUAUUAAGCUAAAUAAGAAGAGAAUACGAUUGUAAUUGCAUCUAUAUAUACAGAUUAGUCUGAUUCUAGUCGCCAAAAGUUUGAUUCUUCAAUGUCAGUAGCUUCAUCCUUGCUAUGA